AUGGGUGGCGCCGAUGUUUAUUGUGCCAUAUGUGGCGGACCUGUCAGUUUGCCCUGGUGGCCGGAUGAGGAUGAAGGCGAGACAGAGUACACCUACGAUCCUACAGUCAUACGGGAGGACAGGCUCGAUCUGGACUGGCUCAAGGACGUCAGAGUCAUUGGCGAAGAUCCGGCAAGCACUGGAUUGAGCAGAAUCUGGGUAUCCGGUCCUGCAAGCCAUGAAGACCAUGGCUACUUCAAUCUGGAAGAAGGCGACCCCAUAAUGGAACAACUCGGUGAAGAAUCUCUGAGAACGUAUGCCUACAAAGGCCAUCACUCGUUUGCUGUGCCUUACCACCAGACAUGCCGGACAUUACUAUCCAAAUACCUCAGUAUCGGAGGUGACGGCGUUGACAAGGACAUGUUUUUCCAAAUUUUGCGUCAAUUGGCGGAUACUUCAGAGUAUGCACACGUCCUCAAGCUGGACUAUGGGAGCGUGUCCAAGAACCAAGAGCAGUAUUGGUGUGUGAGUCGCGGCGACGAACACUUCGUGCACUCGCCAUUGGAUAUCCCGCAACUUGCAGAGUAUUUGCUCAGCCUACCUGAGCUGGAGCCUGAUCAUCCGAUGAAUGAUGCACCGCAAGGAAGAUAUGGUGCUGCAUCGGAUCCCAUCUCCACGCUUCCAAUAGAGCUCCGCUGGUCUAUCCUUCUCCACGCCGACAUCACGAGCGUGGUGAGGCUGCUGCGGACAUCCAAGGCACUUUACGCCACAAAACAAUCCAAUUCAUGGUGGAGGCGCAAGUUGUUGACAGACAUGCCUUGGCUGUUCGAACUCUCCGCCGUUGAGGGCGCCGACAAGGUGGAUUGGGCUCGGGUGUACAAAGAUAUGUGGCUGGGAAGCCGGUAUCGACCCUCUGCUCACAGGAUAACUGGUCUUGCGAACCGCCGCCGUAUUUGGGAGGAACUUCUGCCUCAGAUAGGCGGGCCGUACGAAAAGCUGCAGAAGGAAAAUGAUCAGGUGGACCUUCCAGACAUUCUCAAAGGCGCGAGCUCCACGGGUUUACGAAGACUUAUGAGUCCGGAGCCUGAAGUCAACUCUUCCUUCAGGUUCUAUUUCGCACAGUCCAUCGCAGGACUAAGGGAUGCCUAUAUUGAGUUUCAUGUGCAUCUUGACCAAGAGCGAUUCAUCAGGGGCCUUCAUUUUGCAGAACGGCAGCAGAGAUCCGAGCAAAGCCAUCUGACACAAGACGCUUUCGACUUUGCCACCUCUGUAGAGUCUGUCCAAGUACCAGUCAAUGACUGCUUGACCGGCAUCAUCGUGACGAGCCGCGAGAUUCCAGAGGGCGAAAGCUCUCGGAAGAUUGUAGGCUUGGAGUUCCUGCUCGGAAGCUCUACAUCUCAGCAAAUCGGAUCAAUCGAUGGUGACAGGCGCCUGAUCCAUGUUUCGAAAGAUCACUUUGCUGUCGGGAUCGAAACUUUCAGCUCACCAGAAGGCGGGCUCUCGAGAAUCUCUUUAAUCCAGCAACCCGCGUUCCUCGCUCGUGGCAUUGACAGGUUCAGCUCGCGAGGCUCGACCCCGGACCGCGUAAACCUCGAGGCCACCAAGUAUCUCUGGCGCAAGCAGAUCCCCCCUCCAGGAUUACAGGUUUCAGAACAUCAAACAGGAUAUUGGACUUUUGCAAUGGAGAAGGAUCUGAGUCCUAUGGAGCCACUUGUGUUUGGGACAACAGAUGCAGAGCUCGCAGAUAUCACGGCUAUUUCUGUCGAUGUGUUGUUUGGGGGGAUUGAGGUGCGGUAUGGAAACCGCCCAAGCCGCUCAAUCGGGCCUCGCAACCUCGCAAUGAAGUCUCUGACCAUUGAUGGACAAGGCGGAGAGAGAGUGGUCGCCCUGAACUAUGUCGUGACUUAUAUUCCCAUGGGGAUACGCAUCGUCACGAAUUAUGGGCGGCAGCUUGUUGUUGGCCAGGCGGGUCGGAGGCCAACGGAACAAGUGCAAUAUCCUCCUCAAGACCCUGAAACAAAGCAAUUUGCCCACCUCGCCGGGAUGUACGGAUGGUGGUCUAGUCGUGACACGCCAAAGUCUAGACUCGAGGCCGUCGGGUGCCUCUUCGCCGCGGAACUGGGCGGCAAGCACCAGGGUGUAAACGAGAUGCCCGAACUUGCCUCUGGUCAAAGUCCUAUAUGGGAACCAUCAGCUCCGUCUAGCGUGCGAGAGACAGGUCCAGUUCUCGGCGAUUUCUUUGUGAAGGAAACCUUGGGGAUAAAUAGCCGGACUCUCGAGGUAUUGGAUCAUUGCACGACCGUCUCCUGGAUAGAUUGCAGCCGACCUCUCUUGGAGGUGCGAGUGACACUCUGCCACAGCUUCAGAGAAAAGCAGGUCCCAGUAUCUGCUAUCACUUUCAAAUACGCCGAUGGUGCGAAUGAAGAGUUAACCAUUGGCCCGGAAAUACAUCCACAGUCUCCCAUUGACACCCAAGGGGAAGCUGACAACGGCUGGUGCUGGUGCUUCCUCAGUGGAAGGAAUACUCAAGAUGAGUUGGGUGCCCAUCCACACUAUCAGCAUCAUGUAUGGGAACUGGGAGGUAAGCGCCUUCAAAGCGUGCGAGCCAUCCUCUCACCCAUUGAUGAAGCAGAUGGGCGCGGUAGUCGGCUUGCAGGCAUUCAAUUUAUUGCAGAGGAUGGUUCUGAGUCUCCCAAAUGGAGCCAUUGGAAUUCCUCCUCAGAUGAUGCCUAUGUCAUUGAGCACAUAGCCUUUACAGAUGAAAGGGUUGGUCUGAAACUCUUUAUGGGCGAGACUCACCGUUCGGUUACCUACGAGGACACAAUCGUCUACGCUCUACAGGCUAUGGAGAGGCUGGUCUGA